UUCUCGCCAUAUGGUAUAGAAGUACUGCAGACUGCCUUGGGCAGAGGAUCUUGGUUUCCUUCAGUUUAUUUUAAACAUAUUAGGAAUCGUCUUUUAUAUUUCUUGAAGAAGACAGCCCGGAUAAAGAUGAAAUUCAUUAUAGGAAUCGGAGGUGUGACAAAUGGUGGAAAAACCACACUGACUAAUAGGUUAGUCAAAGCCUUACCUAACUGUUGUGUGGUACAUCAAGAUGACUUUUUCAAGCCACCGGAUCAGAUAGAGGUUGGAGAGGACGGCUUUAAACAGUGGGAUGUGAUCACCGCACUGGAUAUGGAAGCCAUGGUGAACACAAUUAAAGGUUGGGUGGAAAACCCGGUGAAGUUUGCACGCUCUCACGGCAUCUCCGUGAGCCCGGGGACGGAAAUUGGGUCUCCAGAGGACGAAAACCACAUCCUCAUCGUGGAGGGGUUUCUCCUUUAUAAUUACAAACCCCUGAUGGAGGUGUUUGACAAGCGUUACUACAUCACUGUCUCUUAUGAAGAAUGCAAGAAAAGAAGAGGUUCAAGACAGUACAUUGUCCCUGACCCUCCAGGCCUGUUUGAUGGUCACGUGUGGCCCAUGUACCUGAAACACAGAGCAGAGAUGGUGGAAAGCCUUUUGCCAAUUGAACACCUGGAUGGCUCGAAAUCUAAAGACGAAAUCUACCAGCAGGUGUACGAAGACCUUCACAAUACACUUUUGAAUCAUUUAUAGCAGCAGCAUCCUGGCCAGGAGUGCCAAUGUAUACAAUUGUAAAUAGCCCCAUACACCUCCAACCAUCCCCAACACCAUGAAGAAGUCAUCUUUUUCCACUUUUUAUUUUUCAUGGACCCUCCUCCCUUUUGUUUUAAAACAAAUGGAAUUGUAAAUAUAAUGGAGUGUUAACUUAUCUCUCUUUAUUUGUGAGUUUUUGUGUUUUUAGUUUAUUUUUUUUAUUUGGGUAAAUCUUAAUGUUUUUUUUUUUUUUGUCUUAAUGGUUUCCUUUUGAGGAUUCUGUGCCUUUCAUACAUACCACUCUAAUGAAUUUCCAAAUAAAUGUCCUGCUGUUACCUGCUCA